ACACGCGCAUUCUCUCCAGUGUGAGUGGUUGGUGAGUGGCAAUAUCAAUAUUCACGCUCCAAGAAAUCGAAAGGACAUGGCAGACCCACGUGUACGCACAUUGAAAAUCAAGACGGGCAUUGUCAAACGGUUGACAAAAGAAAAAAUAUCAUAUGAGGUAGAGUCUGAACAGCAGAAGAAACGAAUUGAGCGCAUGAAAACUGAAGGCAAGGAUGACUAUGACAUCAAGAAGCAGGAGGAAGUGCUCCAGGAAUCAAUGAUGAUGGUGCCUGACUGUCAGAAGAAGCUGGCGCCCGCUGUCACUGAACUUCAGAAAAUUCUGGACGAGGAGGGCGACAUGGUAGAACUGGAGGAGUACCAGCAGGCUGUGACCAUUGUCGAGGACGCCAAGAAACAUCUGGCCGUGUAGGGCGUUCGGCCCGCCGCCCAGUGCCUUGUGCGUUCACCUCUUGCUACACUCGUCAUUCCGAAAUAAUCGUCGUUAAUUUAAGUGAUUUGGUGUGUGAGUUGUCGAUAGUUUAGUGACUAAGUCGUCUGAUUUCUCGCGCACUAACGAGGUUCGAGUCAUGUGGCAUCCGAGGCCACCUCCGCGGCCACCCGGUGGAUACUCUGUGCCAUCUAGUGGUGUGUUUAACACUCAAAACUUCAGCCGUCCGCCGCCGGGACUGGCCGGUCCGCCCCGACCGCCCGGGCCCGGACGCGGGCCGUCGGUACCUCCCGGUGUUGGGCCCGCGCCCAGUUUUCGACCGUCAUUCCCUCCCCCGCCUUCAAUGCCGGCCGCGGCAGGCUCCGGCCCUGUUCCAUUCGGAGCUCCGCCGGACCGGUCCAUUCCUCCGCCGGACCGGUCUUUGCCUCCGCUUGACCGGUCCAUCCCUCCGCUGGGCCGGUCCAUGCCUCCGCCGGGCCGGUCUUUGCCCCCGCCGGACCGGUCAAUGCCUCCGGCGGGGUUUGGAGCCGGAGAGCCGCGCCCGCCGCGACACCCCACAGCUGCCCCGCCGCCCGGUGUCGGCAGACGGCCGGUUCCAUCCAUACCGCCCCGCCCUGGUCUGUUGGCGCCACCCGGCCGCCAACAGACGCCACCCGGCCGCCAACAGACGCCACCCGGCCGCCAACAGCCUCCCCCGGCCGUGGGAGGUCCACCGCAGAUGACCGCCUCACCGCCCGGUCUGCCGGCGGCGGCACACGGGCCCGUCCCCUCCCCGGCCCCCACUGGCAGCGGGACGGUGGGGGAGUGUAGGACACAGGCUGUUAGUAGCCGUGGAGCGGUGAAUUCUGCUACGGAACGCUGGCUGGCGGCCUGGGCCGAGCGGAGCGGUGUCGCGGCUAGAUGCUCUGAGGAGGCAGCGAAAAAGAAGACAUCGAAAACGGUAAACUUGAGCAGCCUCCAGGCACUGUCUGAGGCAGAGCUGGCGCACCCAGAGACGGCGGCACAGCUGCGGCGAUUGGUGGCGCAGCGGCGCCGCCGACGGUUGGCUGAUCGCAGGCGGUGGCAGGCGGAGCGGCAGCGACUGCAGAGGAAGCACGCUGAUAUCGACGCCUGGCAGGCGGCCAUCCAGCGGCGAGCCGCCCGUGAAAAGGAGGAGGAGGAGAUGAAACGGGAGGCGGACAAGGUUCUGGCCGAGGUGCGCAGGAAAAUCAGCGACGUCGAAAAACAACUCGAGACGCUGGACGAGCUGCGCACUCUGCGAGAGGUGCGGGACCUGAAGGCGCGCGCGGCGGGCCUGUUCAGCAGCGCCGCCUCCGACCAGCGGUUCGCAGAGGUGACGGCUCGUCUGACAGACCUGCUGGAUCGCCACCUACAGACCUACGAGACAGAGCUGCGCGCGCUGCAGGCCAUGACGGCCGGCCCGCGGCCGCCGCCGCCUCCGCCACCGGCCGCCGGCGGUCCGCUGUCGGUCCUCAGGGCGCUGUUCGGAGCGGCUGGUGUGAGUCCGGCCGCCGCUGCCGCCGCCGCCGGCGGGGGGUGCCAGUCGGGGGAGGCCGACCACCGGGUGCACAUGGUCGACUGGGAGGCCGACCCGCAGACGCUGCUUUAUAUCAGGUCUGACUGGGACCGGUACCUGGUGGGGCCGGAGGACCCGCUCGGCUCGGCUGUGCCCCCCGCCUGGGUGACGCCGGCACCGCCCGGCAGCGACAUCUGGGCCGGCUGCCUCGCUGCGUGACGAACUGAACCGUCCUACCGCCGCCACAGUCAUCGCGUUUUGUCUCAGACUCCGCAGGCUACCGCACCUCCUCGCCUGUCGCCGAUUCCUUCGAGUCUGCCAUCACCACCGACGGUAUCGCAACCACCAGCGUUACUGUCGCCGGGACGGUCUCUCGCCAUCUCCUCUCCCUGCGUAGAUAUUGGCUGCGGCUUGUCAGAACAGCCGAUUAUCACAACUGUUUUCGAUUAAUUGCAAAUAAGACACAUUUCUUGACAACACUGUUACGACGAUACUUACAUUUGGUUAGGCAUGGGCUGUGUAUGCAUCAUUGUUCAUUUGCGACGGUCGAUGAUAAUAAAAUGUUCUUUAACACAU